GUCGUCACUGCAGCUGAGGACAAGGUCACCCCUGCUGCUCCGCUCCUGACCCAUUAGCAAAGCCUCGCCGCGGAUCGCGAACGUGCGAGACGAAGGUGCGACUUCCUCCUGAGUGCUUACAGCUCCAGGAAAAGGUGGCAGGCUGCAGAUUCAUGGAGGCCAACACAAGAGUGUGAGAGCUCCUCCAUGCCCAGCCUCACGCUCACGCCUUUCUGGGGGCACAGGGAGCCAUCGAACCAACCGACUGGCUGAUUGCUGCAUCAGGCCAGUCAGAACAUAAAAGCCUUUCAAUCAGAGAACACAUGCAGUUUUCCCGGUUCCUUCCAGCCGCUUUGUGAGUUACCUGUAGCCUCUGUGCGUCUUACAGCUUGACUCUAUAAACAAAAAACAUUUCUGCAGUGAGGACAAACAAGGAAACCUAGAACUUAAUGGACCAGUGGCUCUGUGCUACAGGGAGGCCUCGACUGGCAGGAUCUGAGCUGACGCUCCGUCUGACGUCCUGCUCUUUCUGGGAUAGGUGCACAUGAAUGUCUGGCUUCCCAGAGUCCUCGUCCGAUUUAGAAGAGCGCUUCGCCGCCCCCUUCGCGGCCAAAGACGGCCAGGAAAACCUUGGACGUGAUUCGCAUCCAUCGCCGACGGCAGAGGACUGGAGCGGGCUGGGGGCUGGCGACAAUCAGACUUCCGGAUCUCCCGAACCGAUCUCUGAUUACGAGGAGCAGUUCGCCCACAGAUUCACGGCCGAAGACCAGGAGUAUCAGGAGUAUGUCAAGCGGCCGUCGAAUCCCCCGCCGAUAGUGGAGGAAUGGAGAGGUCGCGGAGGUGGUCACCACAAUCGGUACCAUGAACAACGUCCAUACAGAGGACAUGAUGGAGGCAGGGGCUGGUCAGGGAACCAGCGGGGUUCCCAGCAAUGGCAAGACAGGCGCUGGAGUCAUGGCAGUGGGCGGGACUACCCACACACAGGGCAUCACAACUCCUACAACCAGGGCCACAACUCGUAUAACCAGAGGCCGCCUAACAACCGAUACUGAGGACCGCCAUAGGAGCAAGUAAUGACGUAUGAAGACACACCGUUGAUGCUGUGAUCCAGAUAAUGUCUUCGGGAAAGAGUCUACCAUUUGGUGUAAUUAAGUAAAUGAUAGUCUGGAGUUGUACAGAUCGAUGGUGUAUGGUUAUGCUGUAUAAGUUUUUGUAGUUGAUAUGAUUUUUUCUUGCUGGGCUUGGUGUCGCAGUGGUUUGCACGGAUGCGUCACAGCUCUGGAGACCAAGGUUCUAGUCGCUGCCACAACUGAUUGACGUUUGCAGGUUUAGUAGCCCAAGAAAAACUAGACUUUAGGUUUGAUUAAUUGUUUUCUUUAUAUCAGGGCACUGUAACAAAUGCAAAGAAUGUUUUUUUGUCUUCGGACUGGACUCUUUUUCAUAUUUCAUGUCUGUAUAUUUUUCUUGUAUCAUUUCUAUACUGGGAAUGUCAGGUUUCACAAUGAAAAGUUUUCAGACUGAUUUAAAUGAA